UGCAUCAACCACUUCCGGGUUGCUCCUCACUGCACUCGUGACUUUUGUUUGAGUGCAGUUUGUUGACAUGGACCUACCCUGCAACGAAAGACAUUUCUGCUUUGGGUCCGAAUUAUGAGACCAUGAACGUUCCUCGGCGGUGGAAGCUCCCGUAAGAAGAGCCAUGUGGAGAGUAAAAGGACUCGCCUGGAGAGUGCUGCAUAGAUACCACACCAACAACGCACUGCGUCUCCCCCAGAAUCACCAUGUAGAAGAUGAGGUGAUCAACACCUCCACUGUUCUCUCCACCCCGAGAACUUCCUCUGACAGCAGCUCCCAUAAAGAGGAGGAUGGCGGGAGGAGGAAGAAACAGCGGGCCUUUAAAUUCCAUUCCACGGAGCUUCCUCAUUACACAGCUCUCGAUGCAGUGGGAUGGGGUGCCACAGCGGUGCUGUUUAUGCAGAUCUGCAGGAGGAUCCACUCCAGUUUCUCUUCAUGUUCUGAGCCCAGUCCAACUUCUUCAGUCCAAAAGUCACCGCCCACUUUGCAGAAGUGUGGUUACCGCCUCCUGCUGGACAUUUUUUCAAGGAAUGAUGUGGUCCGAAGAGGAACGAGCGUGUCGUGUCUGCACAAUCAGUCCUUGGGUCAGACCAUUAGUAGCAGUCGUGGAAGUAGUGCCGCGUCAAACAGCAGUGAGCAGAACCGCCUGACUGCUCAUGCCACCGGCUCAGAUCAUGAGCUGCAACCGGGCCAUGAUUCGCCUUUACAAGGUGAUGCAUUUAUGUCUGCCUCCUGCCCGCAAGAGAACGUUUUGGAGGAAGAGAGCACAGAGAUGGAUCAUGCUCAUAACAAGUCUAUGUUUGAAGGUGAAGAGAGACUGGCAGAAGCUGCACGGAACCUUGAAAAAGUGGCAGACAGCAGCGUCCCAAUAAUCCUCAACAUUAUUGGCAUUCAAAGAGCCAAAAAUGGAAAUGACGAGGAAGCUUUCACAUGCUUCCUGGCGGCAGCUCAACAGGGCUACAGCAAGGCUCUGUUUAACACUGGGGUCUGUUAUGAGAAGGGCAGAGGAGUCCACAAGGACAAGGAGAAGGCAUCCCAUUACUAUUGGCGGGCAGCUGUGGAGGGUCACAAACAGGCUCAAUACCGCUGUGCAAAGCUGCUCCUGACCAGGAGCGGGUGCGAGAAUGAAGAAAAGUUAAACACAGCCAUCAGGCUCCUGGAGAAGGCUGCUGCAGCAGGUCUGACAAAGGCGCAAUUAUGCCUUGCGUCUGUGUACUCCCGGAAGCCAGUGAAAGAUGGCAGCAAGUCUGUGCACUACCUGCAGAUGGCAGCACAGAGCAGUGAUAAUACUGCUCUGUUCCUGUUGGGCCAGUGCUAUGAGAGCGGCUUUGGGGUCCGGCAGAGCCUGAGGACGGCAAUUGUAUUGUACAGACAAGCUGCUCAAGCAGGGAACAAGCAGGCUCAACUUUUCCUGAGAUCCCCCACUGAGACAGACGUGUUGCGCUCCAUCCGUUCUUCGCCAUGUUUCUCCGUGCCCGACCGGGACCUGCAGCUGCCACUGUCCUCUCUGGCUGAUGGUGUGUGUGCAGACACCCGCCCUUUCGUCUCCCUUCCCUUCCUGCAUCACUGCUGGAGCACCGGGAGCAUGACUGUGGCUCCAGUGCUCUCCUCCAGCCCUCUUCACCUUCAUCCCCAAAACUUGGAGGCAAAAUCGUGCCAGUGGAUGGUAGGCGUUGGAUAACUGCCAAGCGUUACACAAACAGAUGUGUUAUCUGUUCGGAUAUAUUGUGUUAGGGUUGCAAAAUUUUGUGAAUUUUCAAAUUUUGGAAACUUUUACUGUAUCCAGAAAUUAAAGCAAAAGUAGGCACCAGAUCCUGUACUUAUGUUUGACACCUGUGUUUUCACCAGCGUGUUACAUCUGGACAUGCAGGGAGGGAUGUGUAAUUUAGUGUGAGUACUGCGUGUGAGUGUUCAUACUUGUAUGUUUUCUUUAUCUCUAUCUGUAUCUCCCUCUCGCUUUGUGUGUGUGUGUGCGUGUGUGUGUGUGGUGGCGGCGGCCUGUUUGUCUCAAAUUGUGUAGCGUUAACAGCCAAUUUUAAACCAUUGAAGUGGUAUACUGUACAGUACAUUACAUACAGUGCUGUGAAAAUUAUUUGCCCCCUCUGAGAGAUAUUAAAAUUGGUUUGAUGAUUUGAAACCUGUGUGUGAUAGAUAGGCAAAACAAACA